UAUAAUUAAGUGCGGAUUGAAUGCUUGAGCGGAUUUUAGAUUUUUCAAUCCAAUCCAAUCCGUACAAGUGCGAAUAUCCGCAUUUUGCGAAUUGGAUUGGAUCGGAUACUUUGUGAACACCCCUACUCACUACUCAGUGUGCCCUCUCCGCACUCUUUUCCAAUCUCCGAAACUCAGACUCAAGAGAGAGACACAGAGGGUUUUUGAUUGGGGUUGUGUUCCAGUUCCAUGACGAGGAAGAAGAAUAUAACCAAGCAAGUCGUCGUUAUCGACCUUGACGACCUCGACUCUUCCGUUCCAGAGGGUAAACAUCAGCUUUCAAGGCACCGUACGUGCUGGCAACACUUAUCAGCAACAUUGCAUGCUCGUAAAAGAAGGUUAACAAAGAAAGACCAUGAAGCCAUUGAUGGCUUUAAACUUACUGCCCAAUGUUUUUUAGAUUUCCCUUGCCGUGAGCGAUCAACCAGGAAAAUUUCCCGUAAGGAUGUUGGCCAUGGAGUCACUAAACUGAAUAAGAAGCUUGAUUCUGGAAUCUUUGAAAGUUACUUUGAGUUAUUGUGGAGAGGUUUGUCUGAGGAGAAGAAAAAUUCCUUUGGUUACCUUGACUGUUUAUGGUUCUCAUGGUAUAGAGAAGCGUCCUACAAAUCCAAGGUCAUGACAUGGAUUCAAAACAAGCAAAUUUUCACAAAGAAAUAUGUUGUUGUUCCUAUUGUUAUCUGGCACCACUGGAGCGUUCUUAUCUUAUGCAACUUUGAUGAGAGUUUGGAAUCAGAAACCCGGAAACCUUGCAUGGUACUGCUGGAUUCUCUCGAAAACACUGAUCCAAAGCGGCUUGAACGAGAUAUUAGGAAAUUUGUAUCAGCCAUUUUUAAAGCUGAGGGCAGAACUGAAACUGAAAAGUCUCUUCGCAAGAUUCCUCUCUUGAUCCCUAAGGUACCCCAACAAAGGAGUGAUUGGGAAUGUGGUAACUUUGUUCUCUACUUUAUUAAAUUGUUCCUGGAUGGGGCUCCAGAAAAUUUUAGCAUGGAGGGUUAUCCAUAUUUUAUGGAAAGGAACUGGUUUUCUCCAGAGGACUUAGACUGCUUUUGCAAGGGACUGCAUUCUGAGUUAGUUGCAACGUGAUAUUGACAUGUUUAGAAAGGCCCUAUUUUUGUUAAGAUAUUGACACAACUCAUCCCAAACGUAUGACUAAAUUGUUAAUAGAAAUUAGGAUGAAAACAUUGGUAGUCAAGAAGUAAACCCAAAAUUAUAGUAAGUUUGUAAUCAAAAGUCUUAAUUUGUCUGGUGCAUGUAAAGGAAUCUUAUUUAUGUAAAGAAAUUAGUGUAUGAUUUGUA